UUUUUUUGUGUGUGGGUGUGCGGGUCACGUGAGGCCUAGGAAGGUUCCCGAGUGAAGCAUUGUAUUUCCGGUGUCCUAAUGACUUUCCUUGCCGGUGUCGGCGCAUGCGCAGUCCGUGGGUAAAGCUCGGGCAAGAUGGCGGCUCGCUGCUCCUCGCGUUGGUUGUCCCUUGCCGUGUCUGGAGCCAGGGGACAGCUGCUCUCAGGGGCUCAGCGGUGGCCCUCAGGGGCUCAGUCGGCGCUGUGGGUGGCCCUGCGAGGAGCAGGCCGGGCCCCUGCACUGGGUGAGUGGAUGGCAGGUCACUGACCCCCUGCACCAUGCAUGGCAUGCAGUGCUUAUGGUGUGUGAUUGCAGCCAGCGUCAUGGCUGAGCUUUAUCUGUUACCCUCUUACCAGGGCUGGGCUGGGCAGGGGGGCCGAAAGGUUGGUCCUUAGAAACACUUUGCCAACUUUUAGUGUCUUGCAAAGCAUCCCUGGGCAAUGUAGUCCUGCAGAGGUUGGAGUGUCCACCAUGUGGUCAGCAUUGGAGUACACUGAGAGAGAGCCUGAUAUGCAGGUUACCUACAGCCCAACAACUGCUGGGGGGGGGCAACGUUUACACUGCUCUCAGUAUUUGUUGUUGAAAAUACAGCAGGUCAUGUUAUAAAUGAACAUACAAAAUUAACCCCCUACUACUCCUUGGUGGCAGCAAUGAAUAUAGUACACAUUAGCCCCAAUACAUACAGCAGUCUAGACUGUAAGCGCGUUUGAGCAGAGCCCUCUUCAACCUAUUGUUCCUGUAAGUUUUUUUUUUUUGUAAUUGUCUCAUUUAUUGUUAAAUCGCCCCCUUUGAUAAUAUUGUAAAGCGCUACGGAAUAUGCUGGCGCUAUAUAAAUACCAGUAAUUAUUAUAAUAGAAACCUCAUUAGAGAUUUUACCUUUGAACAGAAAGCUGCAAGGUGAAGUGUUAGUAUAGGACUCGUCUAAGAGGUUUUGCCUUGACAUGGCAGGGAAGCGUGCACUUGAAUGGCCACUGGAGUGAUACUAAAAGAACCUCCAGUUAUUUGAAUGUGCAUAGGGAUUUGGCAUUGGGCUCAUAUGUUAAAUAAGAGGCUAGACCAGGCUUCCCCAAACUCCGGCCCUCCAGAUGUUGCUGAACUACAGCUCCCAAUAUUCCCAGCUUAUCUAUUUCAUUCAUAGAAUCAUGGGAGUUGUAGUUUAGCAACAUCUGGAGGGCCUGAGUUUGGUGAAACCUGGGUUAGACUGUGGGUCUCUAAAAACAAAAAAAAAAAGUUUUUAAAAGCUUCACUUUGAGGGAAAAACAGAUGUUGCAUUAUACAAUUUCCAGAUAUGAAGUUUGGUGAGCAUACUGUACAUAGGGAGUCUCUGGUAUUACAGGUUGUUAUUCUCGAUUUACUGGGGCGGAUAAAAGAUUAACCUUUCCUAUAGCAAUGGUAGCAAGAACACUUUACUACAAAGGGAGAAAUUGGUAGAUUGAAGGGGGAGAAAAAAAACGUGUGGUUUAUCCAAUUUUAUUUGCUUUAAUAAAGAAAUGAUAAUCAAUGAAAAAACGAAUGCGAUGUUUCCCCAAGUUAUUGCACAUGUUCUAGAAUAUGCACGUUUUGCUAAUUGUUUCCUGAGUUCCAUAAACGUUCAGAAGUCAGUGAUCUUUUAAUUAAUAUGUGCCGUGAUCCGAAAUAAAUCUUUUAAGAGAGACUGUUUGUCAAUAAUGUAAAGCACUACGGAAUUUGUUGGCGUUAUAAAAAUGGCAAUAAUAAUAAUAAUGGAGUGUCCAGAACAUUGCAAAGUUUUACAGGGAUUGAUACAAUCAUCCUUACUAAAAGUGCAUCAUAUUGUCUUUGUUUACAAAGCAAGUUAUUGCUAUGGAGGAAAUUAAAGGGACACUCCAGGCACCCAGACCACUUCUGCCCAUUGGAGUGGUCUGGGUGCCAACUCCCACUACCCUUAACCCUGCAACUGUAAUAAUUGCAGUUUUCAUAAACUGCAAUAAUUACCUUGCAGGGUUAACUCCUCCUCUAGUGGCUGUCUACUACUAGACAGCCACUAGAGGGCACAUCCUCCUUCAUAGCACUGGUUUUCUGUGCUAGAGCGUUGCUGGACGUCCUCGUGCUGUGUGAGGACCUCCAGCGUCGCUCAAUUCCCCAUAGGAAUGCAUUGAAAAGCAUUUUCAAUACUUUUCUAUGGUGAGCUCUAAUGCGCAUGUGCGGCAUUGCGAUGCAUGCGCAUUAGGUCUCAUCAGCUGGCGGGUGGGAUCAGUCUCCCCCGCCGCUGCAGCUCCUCCCCUUCAUCAUGUCAGCCGGCGGGAAAACUGUUUUCACCCCUUCAGCAACUGGGGAUGCGGGGUGGGAGGGAUAGGGGACCUGCAGUGCCAGGAAAACUGAGUGUUUUCCUGGCACUGGAGAGUCCCUUUAAGUGAUUUUCUUUUAUUUAUUUAUUUAUUUAUUUAUUUAUUGAAAUGUCAUCAGUUAGAUGAUCUAUUUCAAGUGCUAAAUCAUUUCAGCUAACCGAUGCCAUUAUAUACAUUUAAGACAUCUUGUGCUUCUGCUUCCAAUUUGUAGGCACCUCCCAAUUUCAUACCAGUUCAAUCUCUUACAACAAAGCUGAUUUUUACCAGAUUCUGGGAGUCCCUAGGAAUGCCAGCCAAAAGGACAUAAAGAAGGCUUAUUACCAGGUAAAAUAUCCCAUAUUUGCUGUUUCUGCACUGCUGCAAAUAGACUUGUUUAUAUAAGUUUGUGUGACACUAGGAAUCGGGUUAAUAGUUAAUGGCACUAUGACUGUUAAAGUUAUAACGAAACCAGUUCCUUUUCCUUUUACGUUUAACAUUCUGAGCUGUGAUUUUAGUCUAGUUCUCAUGAGUACAAUGCUCUUUUUCUGCUGUGGUAGUAUGAAGCAGGGUUUCUGAAGCAGUCAGUCAAGCUCUGGUUGGACAAAAAAAUAAAACCGAGCAAAUUUCACACAGGGUUAUUUGGUCUUGAAAUUCGAGGCCAAAAUUUGUUGAACUGGGAACAUUUUCCAAGUCAGCUAUGCUUUUAGUUUGGAAAAAUUGGUCUAAAUCUGCUUUAAAUUCCUGACAAUUCUCACGUUCGUGACUAACCCAGACAGUCUUAAAAUAAAAAUGACAAAAUAGUAGUGAAAUAGUUACGAAGUUAAAAGCAAGCUAACCAAAUAUGCUUAAAAACACAGAAUAUUGCAAUGUCAUCACUAAUAUAUAUACUUCUAACCGUCAAAUAUCAUGCAAAUCCCAUAGUUAAAAGUUAAAUUGCUUACUUGGUAUCCAUGAAACCACAAGACUCCAAAGUACCUUGAUUGCAUCAGCAAUGUCAGUUAAGGUUCCACAAGCAACGUAGUCAAAUAGGAGAAUAGUACAUAGUGAGAUACUGUACAUUUGUAUAGCUUGAUAUCGUAAGUUUCUAUCUGAACGUUUAACAUUCUGUGUUGUUGUGUAACUGCCAUCAUUCUAUUGGAGUCUUGUGGCAUAAUUAUGGGAAUUAUGAUUAACGGUUAGAGAGUCUGUGUAUAUUGGGGGUUAAUCCAUGUCUUCUCAUCAUAUGACCUAUUAUGUCAUCACUCCCUGAGCUGUGGGCCACACUUCUUUUGUUGUGUCUGUUUACAUUAUUGAUUUUUGUAUUCUUAUCUACAUGUAAAAUACAUGUAUUUAAGUUUUCCAAUGCAAACCGCCUCCGGCACAGUGGAACUUUUACGCUUAGCCCCUAAUUAGAAAGGGAGUUGAGUAGGACAAGCAAGCUUGGGCUAACGUCAAAUCCUUACCUGCUGAAAAACUGAUUUCAAUGAUGUAUAUCAAUUUUAUAAGGAUGCUCCAAGCGCUAUAGAAACCUAUCCUUUCUUUCUGCACACACUUAUUUACAGCUGCAGCAAUUGGUAAACAUUGCUGGAGUUAUAACCCUGCCCCUUCAGUUUUAAGCUUCUUUGUGCAUCGACAGGAGACCUGUUUUUCACCUUACCCUGUGCAAGUCGCUUUCAAGCUCUGAUUGUCCAUUAAUUUGUCCUCCUUAAACUUUGGUGGCUCACGCUAAUAAUUGGCUUGACAUACCCCAAGACCCAGUUGCUUAAUGGGCGAUAUGCAGUAUUCCUUUAUUAGUGUCUCAUACAAAUGGGAUGAUUCUUAGGCAUCAAUGGGGCUGGUGUAUCCUAUAAAGUUGUGCUGAAUGAAUUCUGAUGAAAAGAACUGGAGAUUGCAGGAAUGCAUACUUCAGUCUUCAGUGCAGGGAGACUCUCUGUCCAUUCAUUACUAGAGAAAUCAAUGUCCUAGCCUCAGCUAGCAUACUACAUGCAGUAAGUAUUUCUCUGAUCACGCUUUGUAAGGAUUGGAUCCCCCAGUGGGUGAUAAUGGAUUGUAGAAGAACAGUUUUACUGCUGUGUUUUGUGAUAGAUUUAUGUAUCUAACGAACAUCUCUUUUCUUACCGUGCAGCUAGCCAAAAAAUACCAUCCAGACACCAACAAGGAAGACCCUCAGGCUAAGGAGAAAUUCUCACAAUUAGCAGAAGCAUAUGAGGUAAACGAAUAUCACGCUAAUAUGUUUAUGGAAGGGAAUAACUUUUCAGCUGCACAGUUUGUGUUAGAGGAUGAGAUAAGUUCCUUACUGUGUAACCUCAGAUGUUCCUCUAAACAUGAUUUGUUACAGCACUGAUCACUUUCCCUGAAUGGGAUAAUCUCGGCUCCAUAAAUACUACAGCUUAUUCAAGCAGUUGUGUUGCUAGGAGGCUAAUGGGCCAGUGCCUCCAUUUUUGUGGAACUAUUUUAAAGCAGUUUUCCUAAGUCCAGACCCUAUACCGCUGAUGAAAUAAUGAGGAAAUAUUACUUCCUCACUAUCUGUCUGUACUAUUUGUUCACAUUAACAGGGUUUGGCUAAUCAAUAAAUUGACACACUCCCGGUAGUGGUUAUGGUACUUUGAUGUCAUGUGUAUAUAACCUCAUUGGAAGGGGGGGCAUAUGGUGAAUUGUAUCUGUCUUAAGAUUAUUUAAAGGGGGGAAACGUUGUGAAUGGGUGGGUGCUUGGGAUGAAGGGUUAUCCGUCUUGAGGCAGGACUUCUAUACUAGCAGUGUAGUUACAUAUAAAUGUUUGGAGCUGGUAGGUUGCAUGGGUUUUUAUAAAGAUUGAUUCUGUGGGUAAAGUUCUAAAUGUAGAGCGAUCAACAGGAAAAUUCCAUUGGUUCCCACAUGGUGUUUGCAAAGUGAUUUCUAGGUCCACAUUGUACUCGCAUAGUGCUCAGUCAGAUUUCUUUCAGUUUGUUGUUUUAGUUGAUACUUGCACGUUAUGGGAAGGACAUGUGUUACUUUAAUCUGUUCAUACACUUUUCUUCAGGUUUUAAGUGACGAAGUUAAACGCAAGCAGUAUGACACCUAUGGUACUGCUGACUUUGCUGCUGGGGCAGGUGGAGGGGGACAACAUUUUUGGAAAGGCGGUCCCAGUGUGGAUCCAGAAGAACUCUUUCGUAAGAUCUUUGGAGAAUUUUCUGGUGGGUCACCUUUUGGAGACUUCAAUUCAAUAUUUGAGCAGCCACAGGAGGUGAGACAUUUAUUUCAAGAUUUUUAUUUCACUACUGUAACAUAAUGAACACUGAUUCCUGGUCAGAAAAAAAAAUACAUUUUAUCUUUCCUAUUGUAAUAUGAAAUCCCUACUUUCAUGAUAUUUGCUGUUGAGUGACAAUGCUAAACUCUGCAGCAAUUAAAUGCUUAAACAGGGUGCCCUCCACCUAGUUGGAGAAUCAGUACUGUCAGUAUGGCUCAAACAAGAUAAAAGGUUUAGCAGUUACUUGGUUUUGAUUUUAAAAAAUGAUUAAUAAAACCGUGAAUGAUGUCACCUAAAACAUUUACUUAAAUAAAAAUCAAAUAGUGCUCUGAAAUAUGUAUACCUUUUUUUUUUUUUUGGCACAAUGUUAGAGAGACGCAAGGUGCAUUCCGGGGGAAAAUACAUUCUAAGCACAAAAUAGAAAUAACCAGGAAAUGUUUAAACAUAGUGUGUACUUUCUUCUAACCCUUUUUUAAGUUUAAUCAAAAUGUUAUAUGUUAUAUACUCAACUGAUUCCUAAAUUUACCCACUUCUAUUAGUAAUUAUUAGCUACAAGCAUGACAGGGAAUUUACAAACUUUUUUCAAUUCACAGUACAUCAUGGAUCUAACAUUCAUUCAAGCAGCAAAGGGAGUGAACAAGGAUAUCUCUGUAAAUAUCACAGACACGUGUCAGAGGUGUGAUGGUAAAGGCAACGAACCAGGAACUAAAUUGCAGCAUUGUCACUACUGCAAUGGCACUGGCAUGGUAAGGAGAUCGUGAGCGCAUUGCCCGUCUAUAGUAGAUUGUUUGCAAUGCGUCUCAGGCCUCAGAGCAACCGUUCUCAUUCCCCGUUAUCUUUCUGCAGGAGACUAUUAACACAGGCCCAUUCGUUAUGCGGUCGACAUGCCGGCGCUGUGGUGGGAGGGGAUCCGUGAUGACUAACCCUUGCCUGUCUUGUAGAGGAACCGGUCAAACCAAGCAGAGGAAGUCUGUAACGGUUCCUGUCCCUGCAGGUUGGUGCUCUGAUCUAAUAUCAGAUUGUUUAACCAGAAAGGAUACAUUUAGUUUAUAUAUAUAUAUAUAUAUAUAUAUAUAUAUAUAUAUAUAUAUAUAUAUAUUUUUUUUUUGUAUAACUUGUUUGUAUUAAUCAACAAACAUAAAUAUCUUAACAAUCUAGAGAAACAUGAAAUAAUUUCAAGUACAUACAAGGUGGGAAAAUAGUUGCAUAAACCGUGUAAAUAUGACAUUAAUUUAACCGGCAGAUAAGUGUAGGAAAUAAGGCAAAGAAAGAAACAAGACCCUGUGUCUUCUAAAAGUUCUAAAGAGGUUUGGGACCACAGGGCAGACAGUGCUGGGUAAGAACAUUCGCUAGUUUUGUGGUUGUAUUGUCCAGCUGUAUGUUGUUCAAGGCCAGGGCACAUGCUAGAGUCUGCUGCAGCAGGGAGCUGUCUCACCUGUCCGCUGUGUGCAAAAUGUGGCCUUUCCUCCGUUUUGUUUCUUCCUGUUUUAACAGUCUGAGCGUAAUCAGAACUCUUGUUAUAUUCAAUGUGACUCGUGCUGGCACUGAUUUUGAAUAGAUACCUUUUGUAAGGGCAAUCUUAAAGAAGCAGCUCGGUCUCAAAAAUGUUGGACACAUGCAUACAAAUAUCUCUGAGGUCAAAGUACAUUGUCUCCUAAUUAAAUUAUCUGACAUAGUUGUUUUUUUGUUUUUUUUAUAUGUAUUUUUUUUUCUCACAGGUGUGGAAGAUGGGCAGACAGUGCGAAUGCCAGUGGGAAAGAAAGAAAUAUUUAUAACUUUUCGAGUAAGUAGGAAUUUCUUAUUUAUCUUGUGCCCAAACAUUGCUCCAGUGCACCCAGGUAGUAACUGUAUAAAUUCUUAGCUUCAUUUAUGCUCUCAGAACGUGCUUAUUGCAUUAUUGAACUCUGUACAGCAGAGGGCAGUAGGGGUUCAUUCAAGAUUUGCUCAAUCUGCUUCACUUAAAGCCAAGUGCAGGUUACAGGGUCUUGCAUCACUCACUUUGAUCUGUGCAUCUCCUCUCUCAAUAAACACUGUAUAAAAUCAAAUGUGAUCUAGGUAUCUAUCGGACAAAGUGGUACUGCACCUAGCCACAGCUCACUUUUCUGAGUGUGUGGUUUUUUGGGGAGGUGGGGGGGGGUUUACAUUUUAUCACUGCUCUGUGGAUAUUACAUUUCCUUACCACCUGCAAAAACCAGACUGGCUUCUACAUGUUUGUGGCUCCUAAAUUGCUAAACCAUCAACUUAAUUAGAUAUUUAAGAGACAUGAAAUCUAACGCUACGUAUAUCCUGUUCCUACAGAAUGUUGUAUUAUUAAAUAUUGUGUCCUUUAAUUGUUUUUAAAAGAAUCUGUUAAAAGUCGUGUAAAUUGAGCAUUCGAUGUGUAUAUGUUCGGAUGUGUGCGUGAGUAUAUAUUUAUAGCUAUCUCAAAAUGGCCAUUCCUAAAAUGGCCAUUCCUAGCUCUGAUGUUUUUGUGAAAGAAUUCUAUCAGUAAACUCACAUCUUGUUGCAGGUUCAGAAAAGCCCCAUCUUUAGACGAGACGGGGCAGAUAUCCACUCAGACCUGUUUGUGUCAAUCGCUCAAGCAGUCUUGGGAGGCACGGCCCGUGCGCAAGGACUUUACGACCCAAUCAAUGUUGCUGUAAGUUUGACUUUUAGCAUUUUCUUGUUUUUUUUUUUUUUGCCCUAGUCACAAAAAUGGGGUAUUAUAAAUCCUGAUCGAUAAAAUAGGCAGUGCCACACAGAAUGGGUGAUUAAAAUGUUACGAUAUUAACAGGCAAUGUUUUAGCUUUUAACCAGCUCAUGCACAAACCUACAUAGAAUAGCACCAGGGUUUCUGUAUCUGGAGAUUUGUUUGCCAGUUGUUGACGCCUCUCUUUUUAUUUUACCCACCUCGCUACUCCUUCAGAUACCAGCUGGAACACAAGCAGAUCAGAGGAUUCGAAUAAGCGGCAAAGGAAUUCCAAGAAUGAAUAGCUAUGGUUAUGGAGAUCACUACAUCCACAUAAAGAUCCGUAUCCCAAAGUAAGAGAAAUUGCAUUCAGAAAAAAAUACUCUGUCAUCUGCUGUUUAGGAACUAUUCCAUUGUCUGCUUUGUUUUAGUUUGGUUUGGGGUUUUUUUUUUCUCUCUCGAUAAAGACUUAUUUUUUUUUUAUUUUUUUGAUCCUUUUUCUGCUCUAUGUUCUCAGGCAGUUAACUGACCGUCAGCGGGUACUAAUGGCAAGCUUUGCUGAGGAUGAAACAGAAGUGGAGGGCACAGUGAAUGGGAUCACAAAUACAUCAACAGGUAAGUUAUUGUAACAUUCCAUCCUAAGUCCAGAUACAAAACCAAUAUAACUUUAUUGAUGUUUGUGUUUUAGUGUUAAGCUAGCAUGGCCUCUCUAAUAACUUGAUCUAACUCGGUUCUAUUUUUUUAACUUUCCCAGUUUAAAAUGUUGUAGCAGUUAACCUGUGCCCCUCUGAUUUAGUACCAGAACGUAAUCAUCUCCAGACUUCUAAAGCCCAAGACUUUGACUAUACCCAUAAUUGAAGGGAAGGUUCCCCUGUCUGUGUGCACCCACCUGUCUAUUUCUUGCUCACAGCUACCCUAUGGACCUCCUUUAUUGGGCUUUAUACUAUAGUUCUUUUUAGCUUCUCCUUUCUUUUCUUUGACAUAGCUUUUUGGAGUCUGUGCCUUAACUUCUGUUUAUUCUAUGUUUUCACCUUAGCCGGUUCCUGCUAUAUGAAAUGGUCACAUUAGUUUUAGUUACAUGUUUAUCAAUUAGACGGCUCUAAACACGUUUUUCCUACGCUCUUUGUUUUGUGCACAUAUUGGGCAUAUUUUUUUGCAUCUGUAUUCACGUCAAAGAACUGGAUGUUUUAGACUAUGCGAGGACGUGUUUCAGUAGUAAAAACCCCUGAUGCCUGUUUGCUGUUUUGUGCCCAAUAGGCAGAGCCCAGCACAGACCUGCAGCUGGGGAAGAGAGUCCUGAGGCUGAGCAGGCAGGGCAGAACAAGGAGGGAUUCCUAAGCAAACUAAAGAGAAUGUUUAGCUCCUGAAAUCCUGGUGAGGUAGGAACAGACUGUUUUUAUCUGUAACCCUCUGAGCAAGCGAUCCCUCCUGCUUGCUAGUAAACUGAAAAGCAGGAAUUUAAAAAUUACAAUCCGUAGUAGUUUUAAGGGACAAUCUCCUUUGGUUUUAAUUUUAUAAAGCAGCAAGAUAUUUAAUGUUUGCUUACAAACAAGUUGUAAAAAUUAGAUGACGUCUUGGUCUGUUGGAGCUCCCAAUGCCAAUCUAGUGGGUACUCUUUUUACAAGUUGAUCUUGGGUGUCUCCUUACUGCCUAGCCUUAGAACAUGGAUACUCUUCCACAGCUGCAAGUAUGUGCCUUUAUUGCCAUUUAAACCUCUCGUGUGGCCUCUCUGAUAAGUCUAAGCCAGGGCUACUCAGCCUAUAUCUCACAAGUGUUUUGUAUCACAUUCAUCUCUAAAAAGAUCCGUGUGUAUGCAGAGCAGAUUUGGAGAAUAGUGUUAAAUGUGGAAUAAUUGUCAGGGACAUACGGGUGGUUUCCAUAACAGUGGUACCUCGUUUAGAACUUUGACCUCAGAAUUACUUUUUAGUUCUGUAUUUUUGUGACAGCGCUAGCAGGGAUAGUAAAGGCUGUGUUAACACGAAGACUGAUAAAUUCUUUGAAUGUGCUUGUGUUGAUGGGUUUAUUUAAGUCAGUGGUUCCCAAACCGGCCUCAAGGCACACCAAUGGCCCAGGAUUUAGUAAUGUUUUGUAAUUCUUUUCCAGUGGGAAUAAUAAUGACACAUCAUGUACAUGUAGUUUCCCUUGAGGAACUGGUAUGGUAACCAUUGGUCAAUGCCACAUUUUAUAUUUAGGAAUGCAUCUGUGUCUUUCAGGAAAAAGAUCAACCAGCAACUAGUCUAGAAGCAACACUAGAGCAAUUCCUUUGGACUAUGAAGUUGUACGUAUCUAGUGAUCCUGUGAUCUUCCACACGCCAAGCAGGAUCCGCCAGUUCCAUGUCCAUAUAUUAACAAAGCAGACACCAUGAUAUUCAUAACAGCCAGGUUUUGGGCUCUGAAAUUGAAGUAAGGAGGCUAUCAGCAAACCGCCCAUGUUAUUCUAUUAUUGUCCAUUAUGAUCCAUAUGUAUGUUUGUUUUGUUCCUUUUUUUUUUUUUUAUGUGCAUAUGUCAUGCUUGAAUGGUUCGAUAUGUUUAGGGAAACAUGUAUGGUUCGGCCUAUGUUAUUCUAGUCCCACUCUUAAAGCUAUGUCAGGUAAGCAUUAGGCUUUUUUAUAUAUUGUGCUAGGAAACUGGUAGCAAAUAUGUUUAACAUAUGUACUUACUUCUACUUGCCUAACCUUGCUUCCUUUUCAACAAAUCGGACCACUAUUUGUGUGUGCAAUUCUGUUACCUUUCAGAUUGCUUAGUACAUCAUAUGACGUUGAUGGAAACAGAUGCAAGAGCAAAUACUAUGGCAGCCAUAUUUGAUAUUAAUAUCCUCUAUCCAAUAGGCUCUGUACUAACCCUAGAAAUAGUUUUAUAUAUUUGCUAGCACUUUUUCCAGUACAUUGUACAGACUAAUUUCUUGCAGUGUAUCAGCCUAUCGUACUUUAAGUGAAAAUAACUUUGCAUUUUUUAAACGUAGGGUACCAUCUAAUAGUUUAUACCAUAAAUUAUGGUAGAGUACAAUAAAAUAAUUUAAAAUUCCUGUUAAUUUCAAAACAAUUCAAACAGUGGUUACUACAGCUAAGCGAGUGUUUCAUGGCUGCUUUUCCUGCAGUGGAUUUCAGAGGUUAAUGUCUCCUAUUGGAUUUCCUGUCACAAUCCCUUUUUCGGAGGAUUACGCUGGUAUCCAACAUGGUGCUCUGCUGUCAAAAGGCAGUACUGACUGGGCAAGUUUAGGAAAAGGUCAGAUGCCACCAAAAUGAAGAAAUCCUUACUGCUUCAAUGUGAAUUCUAAAACUCUACCACCUGUUUUGGAGGUGGAGAGUUUUUUUUGUUUUGAAAGGCGAUUUUCCAUUUUUCUUUCAAACGUUAUCUUUUUUAGUAUUAGGAUUUGAAGCAUUACAAGAGGUGUGCAGUACAUAUGCAUGGAAAAAGUAAAAUUUGAAGGAAUAAAAGGUUUUAAAACAUGUUUAAAAAAAAAAAAAAAAUUGUAAUUGGGAUACCCAUCAUGUAGAUCACCUGUUGUUGUAGCACGUCCAUUCCCAUAAUACUUUGCAAGCCUAAAGCUAGUUGUAGUUGAACAGUUAGUGGACCUGUCUUGUCUGGUCAUCCCUGAUACAUACAGGAAGCAAAUUCUGCUUAUCAAACCUCUUUUAGAAGCAGUAUUGGGAUAUUGAUCUUCUCUGCCUUCUGCAGGGAUUUUGUGAGACAACGUUGAGAAAUGCAGAGAUCAUCAUAGUAAAUGAAGUAAACUGAGUUGCAAUUAAUUUAUAAUUGUGAAUUUCUGUAUUCGACUUCACCACAGCUUUCCUAAUCUAGCAAAUGUUCCAGCCAUUUGGACACUGGUGGUAUCUUCUGUUGAUCUUGAUCUCCAAUGUUCAGUUACACUAGUUUCACUUUAAAUCUUAGCCAUUAUAUAAAUCAGAAGGGGGUUUAUUAGCAGCACUGGGUCUUCAAGCAACCCGAUUAAUAGUGAGUUAAGCUGAGUAACACACUGCUUUAUGCUGCCUGUAUUUUUAGGUGAAACCUUGGGUUUAAAUUACUGGAUCCUAAUUGCCCCACAGCUCAAUUGGAAAUCUACAGACUGCUUCUAAAAAAAAGGGGGAAAAAAGCCUCUAAAAGCUUUAGUGCUUCUCCUUCCCGCACUACAUAGCUGUUCACAAAUGAAAAACAAGUAUUGACACUUAUUGUGUAGAAUGCUGUAUACAUUCUUUGCUCUCUUACUAGCUUCAGCUUUCUUGAUUCCCCUGACCUUUGCCAUUCAAACAUUGAAGGACUCAGCAAAUUAUUAAAUGUCUAAACUUCAAUAUAAUAAAUGACUACACUACCAUCUUACAUACACCACCUUAGAAAGAGUUAUAAAUAAGCUUUAAAAUGUAAAAGGGGGCCUCUUUUGGGUUGGAGAUUCAUGACGCAGAUUUAAGAUUAGAUUAUGUUACAUAAGAGAAGCGUUAACUCUUGUAAUAGCAUUUUCCCUGUAGCACUCAAUGGGAGAGUUGGUAUUCUGUUACAGAAAGUACCGAUUUCUCAUAUAACCGUAUCUAUUCAUUGCUUGAACCCAGUAGUGCUUAAUCCGAGAGCACCCAAAUUAUGUUAAGUGCCUAUUAAUCAUACUACCCUUCAAACCGAUAACCUACAGGAGGACUGUAUAAUGCACUUUAGAGCAGGAUGGCCAAUCGGUAGACCCACAACUAGUUUAGAAUUGAAUCUCCCAUGAUGUUUUUUAGCCACCUCUGUCUAGAAAUCUACUGAAAUGUAAUAAUUCAAAGUUGCCCUUGUUCGCUUUGUCAUCUGAUGAUUUUAGCUCUCUACAAUUAAUAAUAGAAUUGGAGUAACUAUCAGACAUCUUGAGGGUAUGUUUUGCUAGAUUGCUAAAAUAUUAAUUUGUCACCAGAGUAUUUGAUUUUAAUUGUACAAGGUUUGUCUGCCUCAGUUCUAGAAAGCCUCAAUGCUGACCAUUUUAGGAUUUAGCCAGCAUAUAAUUAACUUUGUGUAUCACUAAGCAGUGUGUUGGUUAUAACCCUGUAAUCUCAGCAUGGUUCUAAGGCAGGGCAUAUGUAAUGCUGUUGUAGAUCGUGAAAAAUAAAAUUCUGCUUUAUGGACUGUUUCAAAAUCCAAUUAAAAACAUUCACCAUUCUCCCUG